UGGUCGUUGUUUCGCAUGUCGCUGCAUCGAGCUGGUCGCAGGCCUCGCUAGGCUGCUGGCUCCUUCACCUCCUAAACCCGGGCUCCCCGCACCUCAAUCCGGGCUCCACCUCGGCCCGCUGCUCUCCGAGUCCCAGGAAUAUCCUCUCCCAUUCCCCCUACCCUUCUGUCAGAGCAUGGCUCAGGAGACUAAUGAAACACAAGUGCCAAUGCUUUGCACUAUGGGAUGUGGUUUCUAUGGUAACCCCCGCACCAACGGAAUGUGUUCUGUCUGCUACAAGGAACACCUGCAGAGACAACAGGGAGGGGGGCGAUCCAGCCCCCCAGGAGAAAAAGGCAUUGGACCGUUUUGUCUCAACACAGCAGCUACAUCACCAUCAGGAUCACCAGGAUCAGCUGGUGUGACUGUGGAGAACACAACUACAGAGCUAAGUACAGAAGCAGCAGGCACCCCAACUGAAGAACAAAGUACCAGUCCCAGCUCUCCAAGCCCUGUAACUCAACAGAUGACAGCAAUGAGCAUCUCCCAGGAUUCAGCAGCAGUAGACUCUGAUCGUGCGGAGACUGAGGAGGGAGAGGAAGAGGGUUGCUCCAACAGUACAGAGCCAGUGGGCGAAGGAGCACAGGCUUCUGAUGGUGACCAGACUCCUGACAAAAACAAGAAAAAGAACCGCUGCUUUUCUUGCCGGAAGAAAGUAGGACUUACUGGUUUUGACUGUCGCUGUGGUAACCUGUUCUGUGCCAUUCAUCGCUACUCUGAUAAACACGACUGUCCCUACGAUUACCGGAGUGCAGCUGCUGCACGCAUACGCAAGGAGAACCCCAUCGUGGUGGCUGAGAAAAUUCAGAAGUUAUGAGGACUACGUGCAAAUAAAGUCUUUCUGACUUGAAGAAUUUGAACAAUGGCGACUUGGAUUAAACACCUGAUAUCAUGGCUUCACUCAUGCUAGUUAAAGUCGGGUAGGGUGGGUUGAUGUGGUCACAGCCACAGUCCAGACAUGUCCCUUACUAGCAUCUCUCUCUCCGCUGGUGACUGCAGCUGAACCCGAGUGCUAUGUAUGUGUGUAUUUGUAUGAAGGUGUGUGUUUGUGUGUGCGUGUGUGUGUGUGUGUGUGUGUGUGUGUGUGUGUGUGUGCACAUUUGCUUGAGAGUCGGGGAGAGAUCGGUGGGGGCUUGUUGGACAUUUGUGUUGCCAUGAAGAGAAAAAACAUUUGAUUUUUACCCCUUUUUGUUUAUCAACUUGGAGUAAUUGUAUAAGUUGAUAUUUAUACAAUUUCUUCAAGUAGUUGAAUUUUAAAUAGGGAUACGCUAUUAAGGAAUGUGUCAAAACGUGGAUGAUGGCGCAUAUAAAUAUUCAGAGGGUCCAGUUAGUUUAAAGAAAAAUGAACAGCAAGACCUCUAAGGGCUUUGGAAUUUAAAUUUCUCCUAGACAGAAAAAUGAUGUCAAUUUCUUGUUAAAUUGGCCUUUUUCUUUUUCUUUUUCUUUCUUCCAUUUCCCCCUCCCAACUGCUUUACGUUAGGGGUCAACACAUGUUGAAACCUCAAAAGCUCAGCAUUUUCCAGAUACGUCUCUUUAUAUGGACUUAUGCGGAUAUUGGGUGCAUGAACGGUUAUUGAUGGGGAGGGAAAGCUGAGGGCAAACCGAGAACCUUGACUUAACUGAGUGAUUGAAUUCUGUGUUUUAUUUUUUAACUUUCUGUUUUAAUGAGCAUAUGACAUCAGAAGAUCUAUAUUAAUAUAUUGUAGUUAGCUUGAAUUGUGUGAUUGCAUUCUAUUUAUUUUUUAUCGUUUGGUUGGUUUGUGCUGGAGGAUUGGCAGCAUGUGUCAACAAAUCAUUUAAGAUUUGUACUUUUUCAAUUAUUUUCAUGUGAUUACAUCUUAAUUAUUUAAACAUGACAGGAAAAACGCAGGUCUAAAAUGGUGGAUAAGAGUCCUGUUGGGCCGUUACUAUUAACAUUGUGCAGUAAAAUGACCAUUAUUUUGGAUUCAGAGAUGAAGCACAACAAGGAGUAUCAACUGUGGAGCACAAAAUUAUCUUGCCACACCUGCUUGGUUUUUGUUCAGCCUCUUGAGAAAAUUGCCUUUUUCAAUUGACACAUCAUUUUAUUUUCGUAAGGUAUUUUGUUUUCCUUGAAAGUCUUUUUUUGGAGGGAGAAGCAGAGCAAAGCUCCAUGUUUUUCUAACCACCAGCAGACCACUGACACAUGCUGAAUGAAAACGACUUGGGUCGCAGUUCCUCUACUCGACACAUGCUCUGCUCAAGUUCCAGGAAUGAUUGUCACCGCGCUGUGGAGUUGCGUGCAGUACUUUUACAUUGUGCUCAGAAUCAGACCAGUUCUAAUGCAAAGACUGCUUCAAGCUCGCUUCUGGGAAGAUCUGACGUACAUGCAUGUGUGCAGCCAAAACAUGCCAGUUACUGUUUUGUAAGUGACUGUGCAGUUUGAAAUUGAGCUGGGAUGUUUAAAAAGCCACAUAGCGGUAGCACAAUGCAUGGCUGGAACCUUGAGGUUCAAGUUCAUAGGACUCCACAGUUUGUUUUGGGUUUUUUUGUUUGUUUUAUUUCCAAAUGUAAAUAACAUAUGGCUCCUAUUCAUAUAGUAUAUUCUUAAUGUAGAUUUUUGCCAGGUCAUGAAGGUGGGAGACGAAGGUAAAGAAUAGUACUAUGUGUUUUAAAGUGCUUUUCACGAUUAUUCAAAAAAAAAUAAGGAAUGUGUCACAAAAUGGCACUAACAUUUUUCUCAACUUCUUUCCCCAAUUUCAUAAGCAACUAUCAGUGUUUUUCAUUUCACCUGGCUGCAUCACUUCCGUUUUACAGGACUAGUCAGAUUCUUAACUCUGUCCUCCAAGUCAAGAUCAUGCUGAAAUACCCAGUUCAUGCUCUAAUCCCGCGACCAAAGUCUAUAAUUUAGCAAUAUUACUUAAAGUUGAGAGGCCAUUGACAAGUUCAGGGAAACAAUUGAAAUUUCAUCUUUUUUUAAUAUUAAGUUUUCCUGUAAAUGUUGCUUGAUCUUUAUCUUUAAAUAUUUAUUAAAUAUUGGGUAAAAGGCUUCAAGGAAUUUGCGGGAUGCAAAAAGCAAAUGCAGAUUAUUUUAGAUGCGUAUUCAAAGAUCAUGUUGGGCCUUGAUAAGUUUAGUUUUGGUUCCGUCAUUAGGAUUCUUGUUGAAGUGUUGGUAAUUGACUGGCGUGAAGUGAUGGCAUGCCAGCACCAAGACUAUCUUAUACAAGUUACUUAUUUAUAACCCCUGAUUAUGAUUUUCUUCCUCAUCUCACACUUUUGUUGAAAAUUGAAAUUCAAACACAGUUUAUUAUGGUUGGUGACAAAGCGAAUGCUUGAAAUGUAUGGGAACUUGUAGCUGGUGCUGCUCUGCAUAUAUACAAAACUGUCAGACUUGCUGGCUUGAUGUUACAGAGCAUUGUUGUAUACAAAAAGUUAAGUUUUGCUUUACAAUUUAUUGGUCCUAAAUAGGGAAAUCCUUAUAUUUAGAAUGGCUUUUCAGUUAUGUAAAUUAUGGAAAAUUGUCAUGCUUUACACUUGUUUUCACUUGACUGCUCAUGUCAUGGUCUCAACCCUUUCAACCUGCUUUUCCUUAAUGUGAGCAGUUUGAAUGUAAACCACCAGAAAUCACAUGGUAUAUUAUACCAUCUUCAGUUAAAUUAAUUUGCCCUCAUGUUGACUGUGCUUGGGCAAAGGAUGGACACCCAGAUGUUUGCCUUGUACUGAGGGACAGUUACACCACUAAAAUAAUUUAGAUUGUUUGAGUUGGCACCACCAAUUAGUGCUAUCAUAUGUUUAAAAAUACGAGAGUAGAUAAAAUCAGUACAUAUGCAUUUUUCUUAUGUUGCAUUAUUAUACACUUCUGCUGUUUUCAAUUCCGGUUUAGAAUAGUCUUUCAUAAUUAAUGUCUUCAUCAUGCAAGGGUUUUGAUUGGAAGCAGUGAUAAAUCUUGACGUUAUGAUGACUGGUUUAGCUUAAGUUUCAUGCAGAAAUAAAGACAAAUGAAGAUGAUUGUGUUCAUUAUGUCUUUUAAGAGCUGUAGGAAUAUCAAAAUAAAUUAACAUAAUUCAGAGAUGUAGUUCUUGUCCCUUGGCACUCCAGUCCCCCAGAAACACCACCAGAUUUUUUUUUCUUUUAAGAGGAUUGUAUGAUGUGUAAAAGUUAAGUAUAAAACAAUAAAAUCACAAAGUUUAUUUUAAUUUA